AUGAGUGGCCAAAACGGAUAUGGACAUGGGUACGGCUACUCCGGCCCCGGCCGGUACGACGCAAAUGACGCACAAAGCAGCAGCAGUCUCGGGGUGAGCGGAUACAGUGGCCGAAUUGCCGGAGCAUCAAGCGGAGGUCGAUCGGAUCGCCGCCCUGGCGGAUACGGUGGCUUUUAUGAAGACUCGUCCCAGCCACCUGCUCUGUCUCCGAGUCAAUCCCGGUCCCCCGAGCGUCGGCGCGAUGAGCCAAAUCACGAUCGCGAUCGGCAGCAGCCUUCGCAGGCUAGCUCGCGGUCUCGGUCGAGACCUCGGGAACAUGAUACGAAAAACCUGGAUGAGCGGCCGAGGGAUCAGAGACACCAUGCGGACCGUAGGGACCAGGAGAGGAAUGCUUUCCCGGUGGUCAAGAGGAGCAAUACUUCCGGGGAGGCUCAGGCCAUUGAAACGAUCCUGCAAUCGAUCCAACGCGAUUGGGACUUUAUGACAGAUGCCGAGUGUGUUCCAGUACACGUUGCUCUGAGUCUGAUGGAUACGAGUACAUUGGGCAAGGCGGACCGAGAAGAGGACUUCAUGCACAUGUACAAUGACAUCCAAAAGACGCUGAAGGCCAUCGUGAAUGAACACCAUCAGGGAUUCAACAGUUCCAUCGGAACUUACCACAAAAUCCAGUCCAACAUUUCUUCCUCGCAAAGUCGAGUGCGCAGCUUGAGACAUGCAUUGGAUCAAGCUAAAUCCGGAUUAAUAUCCACGAAGCCUGAACUGAAAGGAUUGGCAACAUCUUCUCAGAAUUACGACGAUAUUGUUCAGUUGUUCACUCAAAUCGAAGAGAUUCAAUCUCUUCCCGAGAAACUCGAAUCGCAGAUCUCAGACAAGCGCUUCAUUGCAGCGGUGGAUGUCCUCCACACUGGUCUCCGAGUCCUGCGGCGCUCGGAAUUGGAAGGAAUUGGCGCUUUGUCCGAUAUUCGAGCUUAUUUCAUCAAUCAAGAAACAUCCCUUACGGAUAUCUUGAUCGAAGAGCUGCAUGAUCACUUAUACCUCAAAUCACCCUAUUGUUCAGAUCGGUGGAAAACCCCGACCUCCGAUGGCGAAUCGACUACGUCUAGUUGGUCUGGUAAUCGAUCUUGGGAACGACCGGUUUAUAGUUUUCUGGCUAAAUUUGACCCGUUGACGCCAAUGGUCGAGGAUGCUUCUCGAAACCCUGAGGCCGAUACUUUCUCUUACAUACAGCUGUUAAUCGAGGCCCUGAACAAGAUGGGGCAUCUGGAUGUUGCGGUGCAUAGAAUUGAACAGCGCCUCCCGGUCGAACUAUUUGCUGUGGUGGACAAGACCAAUGCAGAGGUUGAUGCCCGCUAUCCGGCACCCACUAAAAGUUUCUCAGCCCAGGACAACUACAAACAGUCCAGCCUUCCCACCGAAAUCAUUGAGAAACGAGGACAUGUUCUUUCUGAGUUUUUAUGGGCACUGUAUGCUAAGUUUGAGGCGAUUGCGGAAGGCCACCGCAUUCUUCAUGAUGUCGUUGCGGCAAUCGUUGAGCGCGAAGGGCUUAUUAAAAGUGAGACACUUUCUGGCGGAUUUAAAGAGCUGUGGAAGCUUCUGCAGAGUGAGAUCCGAUCACUCAUGCAUGACUACCUUGCGACCGACGGGGAUUCUUCAUCGAGAGCAGAAGAAGUCGACUCUCGGCAUCAUGUAUACUCCAGCACCCGUGAUAAGAACAAGAAACUGUUCAAGCUGUCUGAUAUUGAGCACAACUCGGAGAUGAAAGCGGAGCAAGACGAGCUCGAUGAGAUUCUCAAGUCCUCGGUGCCAGGGCUUGUCUCCAAGUCGAGGUCCAAAGCUGCGACAAAUGAUACUGCACAGUCCAACAAAGGCAAUUCAGGGACUGGGCACAAGAUCUUGCUCGAGCCAAGUGUAUUCAACAUGGGAAUUCUUCUUCCUCCCUCUUUAUCUUUCAUCCAGCGUCUUAAGGAUAUCGUUCCAGUUGAUUCGGAGAUCUCCUUGGGUACCUUAACCUCCUUUUUGGAUGACUUCAUGGUCAAUGUCUUCCUGCCGCAGUUGGAUGAGACUGUGACAGAUCUGUGUACUCUCAGCUUCAUUGCUGCUGAUGCGUUCAUGGAGGAUCCUCAUUGGUCGAAGGUCUCUCCUAGGCCGAUCUUCAAGGGCACGGUCAAGUUUAUGUCCAUUGUUCGCGAAUUCAGCAAGAUGCUUUCGAGUAUUCCACAUGAUCAAGCGUUCACACAAUUACUCAUUGAUCAGAUCGUGACCUACUAUGAUAAGUGUUGUGGAUGGUACAAAGCAAUGGUCACUAAAGUGUCUGCCCGCAACCAUGGUGGUGAGGUCCGAUUGAAGCCUGCAGCAUUAUUUGCCGAGUCGGGCGAUAUCCAUGAUACAGUCGAUGAACUUUGGAAAGGCGCCGGGAGCAAAAAGCAAACCUUGAUCGAUACGGAAAUCGACCUCCUGCUCAAGCGAACAAACGAGGUGCCCUUGGAACCAUACGAUAUCAUCUCGGAUCCUAAGACAGUCGUCUCGCUCUCUCUCUUGUACAACAGCAUGCAGUGGCUUGGAAGUCACCUAGCAAAAAUCCGCCAGGUGGUUGAGCAUACUGCGGACGCCGAGUCGUCAAGUCUGACUGCGACUGGCAGGCCCUCUCGCAGAUGGACUUUGUUCGGAUCUACGAAGCCCAAGCGCGAUAGCAUCAACAACCCGGUUCAUUUGCCGCUUAACCGCGAAACCGCCGUUGCUUUUGAUGGAACCCUUCAGUCAUUGCGCGGCCUUGGUACAACCGCCCUUCUGACAAUGCAUGUGGACAUCCGGUGUGGUAUCAUCCACAUGUUGACAAGAACUAUGUCUGGACCUAAUCCACCCACAUUGCGAAACUCCGAGCCUGCAACUCCUUCCCCAAAUACAACAGAAAAUUGGUGGCACAUAAUCAUGAACCAACCAACAGCUGCAUCUCCCACAAUUCUCGCGCUAAAUAAUGAUCUCAUCGCAUUCGAUACCAAUAUCUCUACGUACCUGGGUUCUGCUGAACGCUGGUUCAUUACAUCAGGCCUGGCCCGAUUUAUCGACCGCGUCUUCGUCGCAAGUACCCGGUAUAUCGGAGCGAUGAACGAGAACGGAGCCCUACGUCUACAACUCGAUGUACUUGUUCUCCAGCAAAACCUGAAAAACAUCAUCAUCGACCCAGCUGGUGAUGCGCCGACUUCGGCAACAGAUCUACACGCACAGGCGUCUGAGGAGGUUGUCGCCCUACCACGCAGCGCGAAGUUUCUAGACUGGUUCCUUGAAGGCGCUGAAAAGUCCCUGGAUUAUUCAAAGGAUGAGAAAGAGGCGUUCGCAUCACAAGGUGCCAAGGCCUUGGCUGCUGGAAAUGGCGAACCGUUCACCUACGACGAGCUGCGUGUUCUCGUUGACCUUUGCUUCUCUGAGAUUCUUCGCGGCCCGCGCGGAACAGAGAGUCGGGAAGAUUUUAUGUCGGCGAAGAAAGCCAGUGCGGAUGCGUUGCUGAGGCUGAAUGAGAUUAUGUGGGAUGCACGGUAG